AUGACGGCAUUAAGUGCAUGGGCAAGCAAGUUGGACAAUCCAACGAUUAGUGUGCUACCACACGACUAUUUGAGACCACAACAGGAACCAUUUGUGAAACAGGAUGAACUGGCUUUCCAGUUGCCACAGCUAGAAGCUGCAUCUGCGAAUAGCAAUAGUAGUGCGUACGAAAUUGUGCUGGCUGCCUGGGCUAGUCUUAUCUACAGGUUGACCGGCGAUGACGACAUUGUUUUGCUUGUUAGAGACGGUAAGGUGAUUAGGUUCACAAUUCAGCCGACUUGGUCCUUUGAGGAGUUGUGCAAGACGGUGAGUGAAGAGCUGGCCGCCGUAGCGUCUCUUGAUUCUGUUGAUUUUGAUGAGCUUUCUCAACAUAUUAAGACACAGAAUGAGUUAGAGGUACAGCCGCAACUUUUCCGUCUAGGGUUUGUUACGGAGCCAGGGUUCUCAUUAGCCACUUACAAGAGCUCAAUUUUGGACGUGGCUCUUACUUUGACCGGUAACCAGGCGCAAAUUGUGUACAAUUCUUUGCUAUAUUCCAAGGAUAGAAUAGCCAUAUUGGCAGACCAAAUUACGCAGUUCGUAUCUCAAGUUUUGGAGAAUCCUCAAGACAUAAUCACCAAGGUUUCUUUGAUCACCAGCUCAUCAGAAUCUAUCAUUCCAGACCCUACCAAGAACUUGGGAUGGUGCGAUUUCCGUGGAUGUAUCCAUGACAUCUUCCAGGAUAACGCAGAGAAGUUCCCAGAAAGAACUUGCGUUGUGGAAACCCCAGCUACUGGAUCCAACGAGUCGCGUGUUUUCACUUACAAAGACAUUAAUUACGCAUCUAAUAUCGUGGCCCACUACUUGAUAAAUACUGGAAUCAAGAGGGGGGAUAUAGUGAUGAUUUACUCUUCCCGUGGUGUUGAUUUAAUGGUCUGCGUUAUGGGUGUUUUAAAGGCCGGUGCAACCUUCUCCGUUAUUGACCCAGCUUAUCCACCUGUAAGACAAACUGUGUAUCUUGACGUUGCCAAACCAAAGGGAUUGAUCGUUAUCAAAGCAGCAGGAACGCUAGACCAGUUUGUCGAAGAUUUCAUCACUGAAAAGCUUAAUGUGGUCUCCAGAAUUCCAUCAAUUGCUAUCCAAAAUGAUGGUUCGAUACUUGGGGGUAAAUUGCCACAGCAGGAUCAAGAUUGUCUUGCACCUUACGAACAUUUGAAGACCAAAAGAACUGGUAUUGUUGUCGGCCCAGACAGCAAUCCUACAUUAUCCUUUACAUCAGGUUCCGAAGGUAUUCCAAAGGGUGUGCUAGGAAGGCAUUUCUCAUUGGCCUACUACUUUGAUUGGAUGGCCAAGGAAUUUAACUUAUCUGAGAAUGAUAAAUUCGCCAUGCUCAGUGGUAUUGCCCAUGACCCUAUCCAAAGAGAUAUGUUCACCCCAUUAUUCUUAGGAGCUCAAUUGCUUGUACCAACACAGGAUGACAUUGGUACCCCAGGUCAAUUGGCUUCGUGGAUGGCUAAAUAUGGCGCAACCGUUACUCAUUUGACACCAGCUAUGGGUCAAUUGUUGGCUGCCCAGGCAACUACUCCAUUCCCUAAACUUCACCACGCUUUCUUCGUAGGUGACAUCUUAACUAAGAGAGACUGUUUGAGAUUGCAAACUUUGGCAGAAAAUGUCAACAUUGUUAAUAUGUAUGGUACCACUGAAACCCAACGUGCCGUCUCCUACUUCACAGUCAAAUCUAGAUCGGAGGAUGCUAAUUUCUUAAAGAAGCUAAAGGAUGUCAUACCUGCUGGUAAAGGUAUGUACAACGUACAACUUUUGGUUGUUAAUAGAUACGACAGAUCCCAAAUUUGUGGGGUUGGUGAAGUCGGAGAAAUCUACGUACGUGCAGGUGGUCUAGCAGCCGAAUACCGUGGUUUACCAGAACUAAACAAGGAAAAGUUUGUCAAUAACUGGUUCGUUGAAGAAGGUCAUUGGAAAAGUCUUGAUAAGGACAAUGGUGAGCCUUGGAGAGAAUUUUGGCUAGGUCCAAGAGACAGAUUAUACAGAACUGGUGAUUUAGGUCGUUAUCUUCCUGAUGGAAAUACAGAGUGCUGUGGGCGUGCUGAUGAUCAGGUGAAGAUCAGAGGUUUCAGAAUUGAGCUAGGUGAAAUUGACACACAUAUCUCCCAAUAUCCUUUAGUUCGUGAAAACAUUACGUUGGUUCGUAACAAUAGCGAUAAUGAGAAAACCUUAAUAACCUUUAUGGUGCCAAGAUUUGAUAAACCAGACGAAUUGUCAAAGCUAUCUUCCGAUGUCCCAGAAGGUGUUGCAAAUGAUCCAGUGGUUAGUGGCAUGAUUCGCUAUCGCCACUUGGUUAAGGAUAUAAAGGAAUUCUUGAAGAAAAGGUUGGCAAGUUAUGCAAUUCCAACUGUAAUAAUUGUUCUAAACAAGCUACCACUAAACCCUAACGGGAAAGUUGAUAAACCUAAGUUGCAAUUCCCUACAGUUAAGCAAUUGAAUCUUGUAGCUGAGAAUUCAUCCGUAGAAGUAAACGACGCAGAUUUUACCAAAACCGAAAAAGAAGUUAGAGAUCUCUGGUUAGGUGUUUUACCCUCGAGACCUGCUUCUAUUUCUCCAGAGGAUUCUUUCUUUGACCUUGGUGGUCACUCCAUUAUUGCUACUAGAAUGAUCUUUGGAUUGAGAAACACUCUGCAAGUUGAUCUUCCUUUAGGAACUAUUUUCAAGUACCCCACAAUUAGAGCAUUUGCCGGAGAAAUUGACAGAGUUAAAAACUCAGGUUUGUCUUCAUCUGACGAAGUUAAGACAGCUGAUUAUGCAAACGACGCAAAACAGCUAACCGAAUCUCUUCUUCCAAAGAGAUUUGAAUCCAGAGACGCUUUGAUUUCGUCAUCUGCUAACACAGGUAAAACCGAUCUAAAUGUGUUUGUCACUGGUGUAACGGGUUUCUUAGGUUCGUACAUCUUGGCUGACCUUCUCAAUCGUCCAACUGAUUCUUUCAGCAUUAAGGUGUUUGCUCAUGUCAGAGCCAAGAGCGAAGAAGCUGGUUUAGAGAGAUUGAAACAAGCUGGAAUUACAUACGGAACGUGGUCAGACAAGUUCACCGACAAGAUAGAAGUAGUCUUAGGUGAUUUGUCUAAGGAAAAGUUCGGAUUGGACACGGAGAAAUGGUCUAAACUAACGGACCAAAUUGAUGUUAUUAUUCACAAUGGUGCUUUAGUUCACUGGGUUUAUCCAUACUCUAAGCUAAGAGAUCCAAACGUGAUUUCAACUAUCAAUGUGAUGUCAUUAGCAUCAUCCGGAAAGGCAAAGUACUUCACUUUCGUAUCAUCCACUUCCACUAUUGAUACUGAACAUUACUUCUCCCUAUCUGACAAAUUAGUUGCAGAGGGUAAAACAGGUAUUUUGGAGUCGGAUGAUUUAUCUGGUUCAGCAACUGGUUUAACGAGUGGCUAUGGUCAAUCGAAAUGGGCCGCAGAAUAUAUCAUUAGAAGGGCAGGAGAACGUGGUCUUCGCGGUUGUAUAGUAAGACCAGGGUACGUCACUGGUAAUUCAUCAAAUGGUUCAUCUAACACAGAUGAUUUCCUUUUGAGAUUCCUAAAGGGUGUUGUUCAAUUAGGAAAGAUUCCUGACAUUGAAAACACUGUGAACAUGGUUCCUGUCGAUCAUGUUGCUCGUGUUGUUACAGCAACUGCAUUCAAUCCACCAAAUGAAAAAGAAUUGGUGGUUGCUCAUGUCACCGGACAUCCACGUAUCUUGUUCAAAGAUUACCUAUAUCAAUUGAAAAAGUAUGGCUACAAUGUUGAGGUUCAACCUUACUCGGAAUGGAAAAUAUCCUUGGAACAUUCCGUCAUCUCUAGAGGAGAAGAAAAUGCUUUGUAUCCAUUAUUGCACAUGUGCUUAGACGGUUUACCAGAAAACACCAGAGCUCCAGAGUUAGAUGAUACCAAUGCCACUUUAUCAUUGAAAAAAGAUGAGAAACUAACACAUGUAGACGUUUCAAGUGGUAAAGGUGCUACUCCAGAACAGAUUGGUAUUUACAUUGCUUUCUUGAAUAAGGUUGGAUUUUUGCCCCCACCUCCUUCAAAGGGCGAACUUUCUCUUCCUGAAGUAUCUUUGUCAGAAGAACAAAUAAAGCUAGUAUCUUCUGGUGCAGGUGCCCGUAGUUCAGCAGCAGCUUAA